GCCGAGCCGGCGGGCGGCGGCAGCAGCCGCCACGAGAAGAGCCUGGGGCUGCUGACCACCAAGUUCGUGUCGCUGCUGCAGGAGGCCAAGGACGGCGUGCUGGACCUCAAAGCGGGUGCCAAGAGGAUGGUGUGAGACUCUUUACGAUGGUGCUCAGAGACAGGACGAGGAGCAGUGACCAUAAACUAAAACACAAGAAGCUUCACCUCAACACGAGAAAGAACUUCACACUGAAGGUGGCAGAGCACUGGAACAGGCUGCCCAGGGCGGUCGUGGAGUCUCCUUCUCUAGAGACAUUCCAAACCCACCUGGAUUUCUGUGUAACCUGCUCUAGGUGACCCUUGUUGGGGGUUUGGACUAGAUGAUCUCCAGAGGUCCCUUCCAACCCUAAUGAUUCUGUUUUUUUGUUGUCCUACAUUGCUCUCUGCAUUGACUCAGUGUACAGGUUGCUGUUUCUCGUCCGCCCCUCUUUAUGUCCUCUUAGCAAGAGAAAACAAUGUUGAAAACCAGACCAUUCCCUUCUUACUACUUUUUACUAUAUGUGUAUGAAAGAUGCUGAAUGGGCAGGGUGGGUGGCAAAUCAUCAUCACGCCCCUCUGCAGCCAGCCCACCAUCUCUGAGGCAUGAGGGCAUUGGGCUGCAGCGGCUGGAACAUCUUCCCAGUGAUGCCCUGGGACCAGCCUGCCUUGGCCAGGUCCUUGUGCUGGGAGGUCGCUGUGUUGCAGGAGAGAUCCUUGGCAUUGUGUCCUGCUUGCAGGUUCCCUGGAGCAUUCUGCCAUGCUGGCCCUCCGGGCUGUCAGGGUGUGCGGUGCACACGUUGUGUAAACCUGCCUGGUUAAGGUCGUCAGCAAACUGCUGAGGAGUUCAGCAAAGUGCAGGAAGAGGUUGUUUUGGUGCUUUGGUCACUUGAAGUGCUUUCUGGGAAACUGACCUAUUUGUUAAUUACUCUUAAUGGGCCCUGGGAGGUGACUGAUAUUCUUGGAGUUUUUUUGUGCAUCCAUGUUCAGCACUUCAGUGAUGAUGCUGUGGCUGGUGAGACUUCAGGGUGAAUAAGAAAGGACACUGAUAGGUUUUAUAUUCUUCCUUUAGUUAUGCUGUGGUCUGGACAAAUUGAUUAGCUCCUUAGUAUUUAACUGCCUCUUUUUUAAGUAAAAAAAAAACUAAGCUGUCCCCAUCUCAGGAAUUGUCUUGCAACUUACUUUAUUGUCUGUCAUGUGCUGAGAGAUGUUCCAGGUCAGUCUGAGAAGCAAUACACACUCAGUUUGUAAGACAUCAGACCAAAAAGCUUGGCCUUAAAGUGCAAAAAAGGAUUGAUCUGAACAAUAAAGUUGGGCUAUGUAGCGGGAAGGAAUAGUAUUUCUGGUUCUCUUUAGUGAGAAAGGUACCUACUUGGCGGGAAUGGGUCAGUGGCACUGCAACCAGUCACAGGCAUUUCUGCUCAAGAAAUGGAGACUGGUUUCUGAAUUUACUUUGUUGGAAGUAAAUACAAACUGCAGUGCAUAAACCAUUGGUACUUUCAUAAACACUGACUCAGAACACAUAUUUCUGUAAGCGGUUUUCUCAUAAAUAAGCUGCAUAUCUAAGGAAAAAUGAAAAGCAGGAGGCAUAUGUGUGUUAUGUUAGUGUGCUCAGGGAACUGAAGAACAACAGGCCAGUCUUGAAAUGGAACAGAGUGAUCCAAGAAAUGAUUUACGCAGUGAACACCCUCAGGUGUCUCCCUGCUAACAGGUACUGACCAUCUGAUGUGAUGCUGGUUAGUAUUUCUGUAGCAAAACCAGCACUAGAAAGAAAAUGUAAUUUGGCAACAAGUGUGCUUCCAGCUUUGUGCUUCCAGCAAUUGAGAAGGAAAAUCUAUUUCUGGGACAUUUUCUGGUGAUCUUUGAAUAUAUCUAUAGUUACAGUUUACUGGUCUGGAAGAGGACACUUUGGAAAUGUUUUAGUGCUGGACACUUCUCUGGUAACAUCUGACAAAUCGUGGGAGUGAAAGUGAGAAUUUUCUUUACUUGAAGUUUGAAUUUUACAGUGUUUACUUUAAAAUCAACAGCUUUUCUAGAAUAAUGGUAUAACUGUCGCUGAAUAACCCUGUAUAAAAAAUCUAGUUAUGGGAUUAAACUUAAAACAUUAAGGGAUGAGAUAGAAAGAAAAGAAAACAAAGUUCCUAUCUGCAGAACCCAUUAAUUGCAGGGAGGAGAGGAAAAGAGAAAAAUGAGUGAAUAAGGGACAGACCACCUGAAAUGAAGCCCAAAAUAUCAUGUAUUCUUUCAGUUCAUAGCAUACAAUUGCUUCUGCCUUGAUUUCUUAAAUGGGCUUUGUUUCUAGCAGAAUGCCAUCCCUGCUAUAGUGAUAGUUAAGUAGCGUUCCUGAUCAUCAGUGCAAAAAGUCAGGUAUUCUAAAAUCUACUUGUUUUUAGGAGUGUAUUGAUCAGGUGUAAAUAACAACUUCCUUAUACUUGCCCUACUCCACAGAAGAAAAAAGAGCCUGUCCAUUAGAUUUUACAUUCCCUUAGUCUUUAUGCAUGCAAUGAUAUCUAGUACUUUUUACAUGCAGGUUGACAAGAACACCAUUCAAUUUAAAACUCCCACCAAACUGUUGUCAGCCUUCUUGGGGAGAAAAUGUCAUCUGCUAGCAGCACAGUGCAGAAGAUGCAGGACCUCUUUCCUUGGACACUUGGAGAGCAAGCAAUCAUUGCUUCCCUAGUGCUUUGUUAAGCUUCUCAGUAAUCACUCUGCCUUGGUGCUUUAUCAAAUUCCUCCACUCUUCCGAUAAUAACACGGCGAAUUUGCAGCUGAUGAUUCACGCAGCCUUUUGUCAGUUCCCAGAGAGCAAAGUUGUGUGAGGGCACAGACUCUCAAUUGCCCUUUUUCUGGCUGGUUGUUUUAUUUCUGGGCACAGUUUUGUGUGUCUCUGUGUGUGCCUGCAGUUGAAACUGUGCUGAGCAGCGUGUUUUCUGUAUUCCAGGAGUUGCACAACCUGAAUGCACACAGUACUGAAGUCCAGUGCUUAUACAUUUUUCUUCAAGCUCUGUGAGACAUUCAUAUAGUGCCUGUGUUGAAUACAUACCUAUUCAAAGUAUGAGGAGAUACUAGGAGAAAUUACUAGAGUUCAGCAGCUUUACAUUAAGAAGAUUUUAUGAAGGAACGAAUGUGGAAGCUAAAUCCAGCCAUGUUAGCAGGGCUGUUGUAGAUGUCUCUGUCAUACAUAGGUUGAGAAAUGAUAAGUUUUAACAGUGUUUUUGACAACAAGAGAUUUGUCUCUUAAUUAUUGAAGUCACUAGUGUGUGGUUUGUGUGAAAGACUGAACUGAAUUUGUGACCCAUGUACCUACCAGAAGGUGUUGCACUGAUAACUGCUAGAAUGUCAGAGAGGAACUUUACAAAUUUUUUUAAUCAGCCCAUUAAAUUUUUAGAAGAUCAUUAGAUUACAAGACCAGCACCAGAAAGGUAGUGAAUGGCUGGAUUAAACUUCCCAGCUUGGGAACUGGCCCCAACUUCUUUGUUGGAAUGGUUGUUGUAAGUAGUUGAACUUUGUAGCAGUGAUUGAAUUAUAUACAGGGCAGGUCACACUAAAUACAUGUGUAACUGUCUCCUUCAUUUUCUUAUGAAAUGAAUCCCUGUCCUGGGGUUCUGGAGCUUGGUUUGCAGCAGUGAUAAAUUUCUGCUGCUAGUGUUAAUGGAGCUGUGCUUUGGGCAUACAAAAUGCAAUAGUAUUUAGAGUAGAACAGUUACUCCGACUUUGCAACAUCUGGAAUUGGGUAUUUAAAAUCAGUGACUUUUAUUUGAAGUCUUAAGCUUUGGUAUCAUAGCUACAAAUUUAUGUACAUUGGUAUUUUUUACUACCAGCGCAUCUUGAAAAUACAUUAAGGUUAGUAAAGCAUUUACAUUUUGUAGACAGGCCUUUGACAAAAUUUCAAGAGGCAAUUAAAUCUGUCUGCAGAGCAGUUUUUUCAUUGUUCAAACUAGGAGCAGUAGACUUAAGUUCUCAGUCAAUAUGUAGAGCAAUGGGAAGAGAGCAGAAAGUUGAAUAGCAGCUGUUCAAGUGUGUGUUGUCCAUUUAUUGCACUGAAUAAUGUAAACAACUUAUAAAAAUUGUGCUCUGAAGACUGUGAGGUGUAGGAGGUGCUGAUUAAACAUCGUGCAGGUGGCAUCAGUUUUGUGACUCUGGAUUCUUAAGGUUCUCUUGCAGUCCUUGGAAGCAGUGUGUAUGCAGCAAAAAUUAGCAGGUUAAGGUAGCAGGUGCAUACUGCUGGUACAAGUGAUUGAGGAGCCCGUUUCCUUGGAGAGAACUGAACUGUGCACUUUUUAUGUAUUCGCAUGUAUUUUGUUAGAUUAGAAAAGAUUUUAACAGACUGUUGCAGCAGACCCUAUGAAAGAUGAAUGUUACUAAGGAUAUCAGUAGAAACACUGUUUAGUGGGCACAUCACUGCCAAGGAGAAGGAGCAGUGUUUAUAUUUCAUGGCUAUAAGAGUAUUUUUUUAAAUCUCCAUUCUUUCAUUUUGUCCUUUCAAUUUUACUUAAGUAGAAAAAUGCAAAUGGAUUUGUGGAUUUGUCUCUCAAACAUACAUGCUUACGAAAACCAUUAAUUUAAUAGAUUGCUGAAAAAACUGAAAUAAAUCAUUAUGUUCCUAUAGUGAAAAAUAGUUUAUCUUAUGCAUUAGUUCUAAUUUGGGAUUCAGAAGUCUUUGCCACCUAUCCUUCUCUUUAUUAUUCCUCUACUUUGUUUUAAAUACAUAUAAUCCCUUGUAGUCGUUGUAUUUAAGUGUCCUGAGUAGCUACGAAGUCAGACUACUCUUUGCUUUCUCUUUUAGCUAAUGUUCUUUGAACUUGAGCUGCUUUUCAGCAUCAAAGACCUGAGGGUGUGAAAGGCUAAAGUUUCCUUAUUUUAUCUUAACUCUUUACAUCAGAUACGUUAAAGGCACCAUGGAGAGAGAUAAGGCAUGAAGCAGAGUUUCCUCUGCUUUGCUCUGAGAGGUGAGCUGUGACAGCCCUCAGACGCACUGUACAGAUAGCUGAGUGUCAGUGGGACAUCCCUGUGAGCUGUGCCUGUGGAUAUGCUCGUGGUGCUCAGGGUGACGCUGCGUGAGUGGGCCCUUGUACACUGUGAGGUGGAUUCGUGCAGGACAAUGAUGGCCUGAAGUACUGCAGCUCUCCUUUGGCCACUUUGUGAAAUUACAGCUCUGUUGAUUUGUAUCCCAGCACCACUGAAGCCAAACAAAAGCUUCAGUACUUUGUGUCAGCAAAAGGGAUGAUAAACUUAGCAUGUGCUUGGCUUCAGAGGCUUGCCCCUAUGCAGGGUGUUGCUGUCUGCCUUCCCUACUUUUUCCUACCUUCCAGAAAGAGCACUGCAAGCUCCUCCAUGCAGUUGAACAGCGCAUGCUCCAGAUACUGAACACGGUCUUGGCAACCCAUGUGAACAUCCCCUCCUGUCCAGGGAUGGCCUGCUGGCCUUCAGCAAGGUGACUCCUCCAUGUGGUUUGCAAGCACUACCUGCAGGGGCUGACCUUUAAAAUUAGCGAUGAAAUAUGUGGCUCCUGAAGCGUGGAACCUUCUCCCUUCAGAAUGACAUUACGUGACAUUUUUCCAAGGGAUUGGCUUAACUGUCUUUUCCUGCAGCAUGCAAGUUGCUGAUACUUGUUGUUCUCUUGACAGGCUGCUGAUACGCUUGCUGUGAGGCAGAAGAGAAGGAUCUAUGAUAUCACCAAUGUUUUGGAGGGGAUUGAUCUCAUAGAGAAGAAGUCAAAAAACAGCAUUCAGUGGAAAGGAGUAGGUGCUGGCUGCAAUACAAAAGAAGUCAUAGACAGGCUGAGGUAUCUGGAAGCUGAAAUUGAAGAUCUAGAGCUAAAAGAGAAAGAAUUGGAUCAGCAGAAACUGUGGCUUCAGCAAAGUAUCAAGAACGUCAUGGAUGAUUCUACAAACCACCAAUUUUCAUAUGUCACCCAUGAAGAUAUCUGCAACUGCUUCAAUGGAGAUACACUCCUAGCAAUUCAAGCACCUUGUGGUACACAGUUAGAAGUACCUACACCCGAAAUGGGACAGAAUGGACAGAAGAAAUACCAGAUCAAUCUUAAAAGUAGUUCAGGACCUAUCCAUGUGCUGCUUAUAAAUAAAGAAUCAAGCUCCUCCAAGCCCACGGUGUUUCCGGUUCCUCCGCCCGAUGACCUUGCACAGCCCCCGUCUCAACCUGCAGCUCCAGCGACUCCACUUAAACCCACUACAGCUCCCUCAAAUCCAUCAGAACACGACCUGAACCAAGGACAAGAGUUACCACAGACACCAGCUGCGGACACACCAUCAGAUGGCAGCGUGCAGCGGGACAGCGCAGCCCCCGCAGCCCCCUACUCCAGUCUUCCGGAGCUGGCGCUGUACCCUGGCCUUCCAGGAGAUGGUGCCCAAGCCUCAACCAUCUCCAGUGACUACCAGGGCUUGCUGCCUCUGGAUGUCAACUGUAUUCUCAAGCCAAACUCAUUUGACAUUUCAAAGAUGGAGGAGCCCACAGGAAAUAUCAGUGGGGAUAUUAUUGAUGAACUCAUGUCUUCUGACGUUUUUCCUCUCUUACGACUCUCUCCUACUCCCGGAGAUGACUACAACUUUAACCUGGAUGAUAAUGAAGGAGUCUGUGAUCUCUUUGAUGUGCAGAUACUAAAUUAUUAGAUAUUGUGUCAACCAGACUACUUAUCUACCUCUAACUAUAACAUUCUAGACUUCUUCAUAACCUAAGUAUUUGAAUAAUGAAUGUAUAACUUCUUAGUUCACUGACUCUGGGAGUAUAUUUCCUUUUGCUUCCUUUAACUACUUCACAAAACAAAUUCAAGAACAAGAGAAAAGGGCUUUUAUCAAAAAUUCUGGCACUUUUUCACCCAAGUGUUCUCUGUGUAAUCCAAUUAUUUGGAGCUUUCUUUAGUAAAAAAAGCAGAAAUACUUUAUAGCCUUUGAUCAUUUUCUAAAAAAUGAUUAGGCUUCCUGCUCACAGUUAACAACGUUUUCUUUGAAGCUUUACUGCCAAGAAGCUUUCUAUAUUCUUUUUUAACCUUUCAAACAAUUUGAAGCUUUCACUGCCAAGUUGAAAACUGAAGGGUAUCAACUUGAGUUAUGCUAAAUUGUUUCAGUGAACCAAUUUUGUGAAGUGCCUUCUGUUUUAGCACUUUAAGUUUCUCACACUGACUUCUGACAUUCCACUUUCCUAGAUGAUAGGAAAGGUCUGUUUGUAGUUUGUAUUAAAGUGUGCCAAUACUUGUAUAUUAACAAGAUUUUUUUUAAUAAAAUUCUUCAAACAAA